CUGAGGGCGAAUGCGGCGAGAGACCCAAACGAGGCGACUCGCAAGAAAUCGAUCCGCGCCGAACGUGACACUCAGAUUGGAAUCCCUUGUACAAAAUCAACUGAUUUGGAUACUCGCAAUCAUGGAUCACGCUCAUCUUCUAACACGGUAGACUACCUACAACUAGAUGCUGACAAAAUUUUGUCAGCAUAUGGCAAAUUCGGGCGAUAUCAGAUGGUUAUACACCUAAUCCUGAACAGUGUUCACAUCCUAUAUGCUACCAACAUGAUGAUAAUGCCGUUCAUAACGGAGGAUCCGAAUCCUAAAAGGAUUUCUGUUUUCAGGAGUACACUAUUGCAAUUUGCAAGAAGUUUUAGAUACAAUUAUUCCGAUGUCAAUCACGAAUCCUUGGCUAGCGAAUUCAAUCUGGUUUGUGACAACUAUGAGUCUGUUGAACAUGGCGCUUCCGUGUUUAUGCUGGGUGGUACGAUUGUUGCUCCCAUUAUCACACAGUUGUCGGAUGUAUAUGGUCGACGCAUGACAUUUCUUAUUCCGCUCUAUGUAGCCGUGGUAGCUAAUAUAAUCUGUGCCAUCGCUCCAACUUACACGAUUUUUCUGGUUUUCAGAUUUGUAGCUGGAGUGGCCGCAUCGGUGAGCACGGGGUUUUAUAAUUUUAUUAUGUUAUGGUCUUUACGAAUGAAAAAGGUACUUGUUUAUAUGUCUUAUAAAAUGAUGCGCAUGCAUUUUGUGGAAAAGAGCUUGAUGAGUUUUGAUGCACAAAUUUGUAAGAGCAGCUUGAGUUAUACUGCACUAAAAUGGUUUGUAAAAGCUGCUCUGCAUUACUGUUACGACGUGAACUUCAAAGAUGCUAGGCACAUCAAAGGCAGUGUCCGAGCAAAAAUCCAAUUUCUAGAUUCAACGCUUACCUGA